UUUUCAGCCUCUCUUCAACGUUUCCGGAUCCCAAUACCUUGGUCUGUUGAAAUUCUUCAACAGCUACCAAAGGAACAACGUGCUUGGCAAGCAAGAGUUGAGAGCCAUCCUCAGUCGUAGAGACAUUACCCCAACCGACAGUGAGCUCCAGCAGAUGAUUGACAGUAUCAGUGUUGAAUCGUCUGGCAUCAACUUCCAAGCGUUUGCUGACUACAUCAGCGAGUUCCCAGGACUCCGUGACCAGGACAGGGACUUCUCCGCCGCUUUUAACAUCUUUGACCGUUCUGGCACAGGAGAGCUUUCCCGUGAAGACCUCGGCUUCGUUAUUGGAAAGAUGGGCCAGAAAGGCACUGAUGUAGAUGCAAUCCUUGAAGCCUGUGACAAAAAUAAAGACGGAAAGAUCCAAUAUGAUGAGUUCAUUGAGGUUAUGAAGAAACAACUUUAGAUGGCAUAAUGUUACACCGCUGACACUACGGACUCUACGCCAAUAUGUAUAUUUGACAUCAUGUUACUGAAUAUAUAGUUUUGGAAAGGACACUCUUAUUGAAAUUAAAAGAUCAAUUCGUGCUUCACAUAUGUAAAAAAUGAAGUGAAAUUAUGCCGAG